AUGUCUACACCACCAAUCUCGCAGCUAUGCAGGAACUGCUCACCGGUUCUAGAUUUAGACUUCUUGCUGGACCAUAACCCCAUUAACAACAAAGGCUAUCGUCCGUACGAGACAAGCAAGAUUCUGUACCGGUUUGAAGACACUUGGCCUGAACUACCAGGCUUCGCGGCUUCCGCCGAAUCUGGCUGUGGCUUAUGCAAAUCAAUUCGAGACACUUUCGUUUCACAGUACCCUUCGACCGAGUACAAAGGGCCUGUUACUGGCUAUGUGUCAAGGUCCGCGACAUCGAUUCAGGUGGAGCCAAGGAAGGUUUCCGAUUACUCCGUCACUAUAUGUGAAGGCAGGGAUUUGAAUGAUACACUCGCGUAUGCACAAUUCUUACCAUGUUCCGACGACGAUAGUAUGCCGUUUCUGCGCCCUCCUCUUACAGAGGUUCUAUCAGACCAAACGUUAAAUUUCGCAAAAAGGUCCAUUGAUCAUUGUGCAUCGACCUGCCAUCCAUGGGAGCCUUCUGGCUCUACUCCUGCGAGAUUGCUGGAUAUCGGCGAAUACAAAGCGAAUGGGCGCAUAAAGCUCAUACAGACGGAAGGGUUGCCCAGGGUGAGAUACGCAGCGUUAAGCUACUGCUGGGGAAACGCAGAUGAUGCAGCGUACCAGCCCAAGACAAAUUCCGCAAACCUGUCGGAGAGACUCGACGGAUUUGGCAUUGACGCAAUGUCUCCCGUCGUUCGCGAUGCUAUCAUAACUUGCGACGCGUUGGAGAUGCGUUACUUAUGGGUUGAUGCGCUCUGUAUUUUACAGGGCAAGGCUGAUAUAGCGGACUGGGAGGUGGAAAGCCAGAAGAUGAACGACAUCUUUCGUAACGCCUACGUUACGCUUUGCCCCUCGUCGUCGAACGGCUGCCGAGAAGGCUUUCUCGGUCAACGCAAACUUCACCCUGGCAUCUGUAACGAGAGUCAAGAAUAUUCCAUUAUACCAUAUGACGUCAAGGCCAUCACACCCUCCUUCAUGUUCACCUUCGAGUUCACAGACUCCAAGUGGUACAGUCGCGCUUGGGUAUGGCAGGAAGUCAACUUCUCCGCUAGACUGGUCAUCUUUGGCCCGACGUUUGUCUUCUUUCGAUGUCCGGAGAUUCUGAUCUGCGAGAACGGCGCAACAAAUGACACGGCAGUUAUCCAGAAAGGACUGAACGAGUACCACAGUAAGCGAUACCAAGACGCACAGCCAUUUGCGUUCUUCAGAACGUGCGCGGAAAGCAUCUCGACCAUGGAUAUCAGCUUUGAAUCAGAUCGCUUAGCUGCAGUCGCAGGUGUUGCCAAGCAGGUUUCUCCAGCGACGGGUAGUGAAUAUGCUGCAGGCCUAUGGGUCGAUGACAUCUUUAAAGAUCUGAUAUUUGAGAGAAAUACUCGUGACAAGGGCGGGCUUGAGAAGUACGUUGAGUCGCUGAGGGAUAGACAUCUGGCCAUAGGGCCUACAUGGUCGUGGCCUGGGCAUAGAGGUGGAGUCUCUUGGGAUUCAAACUUCUCCUCCAUGAAUCGCGAGACUUUAGAGCUUGACGGUGGAGAUUGGGAGUACGAGUGCGAAUACCUCGAUAUCACCACUGACAAAGUUGGCGACAACUUGUUUGGCCAAGUAACCCGCGGCACUUUAGCGGUGACCACAAAAGUGGCAUCUUUGGGAGAAAUAGCAGCACAUUGCGAGGGAGAAGAUGAUGAGCUGAUAAAGAACAUGUUGUUUACACCGGAGUAUAGCAGCCAAAUUGCCUGCGGUAUUAAAUGGAACUGGGACGUUGAUGUCACGGACACGCCGAGGCACCUCGCUGAGAAGAUUCUGGUCAUCGCGUUCUCUACUUGCUUGUAUGAGCUACGCAGUGAGAUCGAAAACCUGUAUGGAUUGAUGGUGUAUCCGGCGGAGAAGGAGGGCGAAUAUUACAGAAUAGGGUCCUUUGAAGCACAAAGUUCGGCUGAUGACGAUGAGGAGAAGGAUACUGGGUAUCUCAUAGCACAGAACCUUUCUCGAGUUAUGGUGCAUGCGCUUGCACAUUGGUUUGGUGGUGAUAAGACUGGAGGACCUGAGAACCGCAAUAUUCCCGAUCAACAAGCUGUCGGAAAGGAGGGAGCCCUCGUCUGGCAGAAGCCCGAUGGCAAACGCACCACUGAUGCGAGUGUCGCGGACCUCAAGAAGUACCUUACAUCUGAGUCAUAUGCUCUUUUCGCAUUAAUGUUUUACAUGGAUAACUGGGAUUGGGCUAAUGAUGGGAAGGCCAAGCCGUUUGUUGACGAAAUGAUCCCAUGUGAGAGACUUCCCAACAGCAAGAAGGUUCGUUUGGGAUAG